GGGCGGCUGAGUGAGUGGUGGCGGCUCCCACGCGCUCUGCUCCCGCGCGCGAUUCGCACCUCGCCAUGGUCCGUCUGGCACUGCAGAGUCUCUUCUGGGGCUGCCUGCUGACCCCCGUCCUCCCAGAAUCACCCGCUGCAUGCAGAGAGAACCAGUACUCGAUAGACGGCCAGUGCUGUGAUCUGUGCCAGCCAGGAAAGAAGCUGGUGAAGGACUGCUCGGAGGCGGCUGGCACCGAGUGUAUUUCUUGCGGUCAAGAUGAAUUCCUGGGCACUUGGAACAGAGAGCCCCGCUGUCACCAGCACCGCUACUGUGACCACAACCUAGGGCUGCGGGUCCUGAGGGAGGGGACGCCGGAAACGGACACCACCUGCACGUGUGCGGAAGGCCAGCACUGUACCAGCGAGGCCUGUGAGAGCUGUGUCCCACACAGCCCCUGCGCCCCGGGCUCCGGGGUCCGGCAGACGGCUACCGGGACCCAGGACACCGUCUGUGAAGCCUGCCCCGUCGGCUUCUUCUCCAAUGUGUCGUCUGCUUUUGACAAGUGUCGCCCGUGGAGAAGCUGUGAGGCCCUCGGGCUGGUGGAGCUUCGGGCGGGGACAAACGUGACAGACGCUGUCUGUGGUGUCCAGGAUCGGACGAGGACGCUGGUGGCGCUCCCCGUCGUGCUGGCCAUCCUGUGCAUGGCCCUGGUGGUGCCCGCCUGCAUCUGGAAGUGGAGCAAGAAGAAGCCCGAGGAGGGCACCAAGCUUCAGGACCUGCCGACACCCCAGCCCGAGGAGUCCGAGUACCUGUCCCCGGUGCAGGAGACACUGCUCAGGUGCCAGCCUGUGGCCCAGGAGGACGGCAAGGAGAGCCGCGUCUCUGUGCAGGAGAGACUCUGAG